UGAGGAAGGAGGGAAAGCAACCCAUCAAAAAAUAGAAAAGAAGCCUGCAAAUGCUCUUUUUAAGUAUAUGAGUCCAAAUUCUUGGAGACAAUCUGCUGGCAUCAACAAGAGGACUGAAUGUUCUGAAUCCAGAUUAUGUGCUUCAAGACAGGGAAAAAAUGAAAAAUCUGAUGUAGAGCAGAAGCUAAUUGACUUUGUUUCUAAAACUGCACGGAAAGUGGGCAUCAAAGAAUCCAAGGUUAUUCUUGCUAACAAGACGGUAUGUUCUAAUACAUGUUUAAAGGCUGCUGGGGAAGUCAGUAAUAAUCUACAAAUAGUCAAGUUUCAAGAAGGUGGUCUCACUGACUUUGGACAUUUUGCUUUGCCUUCAAAAGAUCAGAUGGGUAAAGAUACAACCAAGCCUAAGUUAAAUGAUGUAGGAGAACCAGCAGAAGAAUCUCAAAAGGCUAAUGCUGACCUUCACAAGAAACCCCGUGUGAACUUGGGUUUGGAACCACAAAAGCCAAAGGCACAGAGGAAAUCACCAUUCAGUAUGAAGAAUGCCCAAGAACCUCCUACAGAUACAUCGUUCAUUCCAAAUUCCAAAAAGGAAAGAAAAUCAAUAAUUGAUGAUGACAACACCAGUUUAAAGCAGUUUUUAAGUUUGAUGCACUUGAAAAAAUCAGUUCACACCACCAAAGUUUCAGCUUCACAGUCACAAAAGAAGAGGAAAAGGACUUCAACUUUACCACUCACUGCAGAGGUUAAAGAUUUGCCUGUAGAUUUGGGUUUGCAAGAUUCACACAAGGAUGCAACAAAUGGUGGGAGUAAGAAAGAUCUUCAGAUUGUAGUCUAUGAAAAAACGGAAGAUCUUCAUAUCAUAGAACCCUACUCUGUUGAAGAUGGUUCUUACGCUGGGGCUUUGGUUCCUCACACAAUUUCAAGCUUGAAGAACAAGAAAAUAGUUGAACUGAGGAAGUUGGCACAGAAAAUCAAGCUGACAAGGUAUUAUAAGUUACGAAAAGAGGCUCUGGUUGAAAAAAUAGCCGAAAAACUCGGCUGUUGUUGAUUCCAUUUUGUCCAUGUUUGUGGCUAUGUUCCUUGCACAUGUUUGAUGAGUUAUGAAUGGAUCCACUGUGGUGUAAAUAGUAUCAUAACAUACUUCUUUGUCCGUAACCCCCUACACCUUGUAGUACAGGAAAGAAAGUGCGGCCAUCCCCUUUAUAGGUUUAAGUUACGGGUUUGCAUGAAAUCGUAGUUCAUAUAUUGCACAAAGAAAACAUAGAACUUUGGGACAAUGGAGCUGUUUAACUGGAA